CCGAGAAUUAAUUCGUUUGAACUGAAAGCAGAGGCCAGAGAGGAGCAAACAGACAACACACAGUUACCACUAAACAGCAGAAUUGCGGGAGGGGUAGAGAAGCUGAGCGAGGUAGAAAUGGUCGCCUCGACCAAAGGACUGAUGAUUUACAAGGUCUACAGGGCGCUAACACGCGGUCUGUCGCCGCUUCUGCAGCUUCACUUGCGGUGGCGCGUUUUCCGCUGCCUCGAGCACCCGGCGCGGUGGCAAGAGAGGAUUGGCCGGCCUUCUCUCCCCCGGCCGCCUGGUCCUCUCGUCUGGUUUCACGCUGUCUCCCUAGGCGAAGGAAUGGCUGCGAUUCCGGUCGUCAGGCAGUGCGCUCGUCGGCGGCCUGGGUUGAAUAUUCUGAUGACAACGACGACGAUGUCCGCUUUUAAGGUGCUCGAGAAUGAUCUUCCGAGUGGCGUUCUACACCAGUUUUGUCCUGUGGAUACCCCGGCCGCCAUUGAUGCUUUCCUUUGCUACUGGAAGCCAAGUGCAGUUAUCUUAUUGGAGAGUGAGCUUUGGCCGAAUCUGAUCAUGGCAUCUUCAACUAAGGGUAUUCCACUUACAUUAUUGAAUGCUCGGAUGUCUGUGAAGUCCUUCAAAUUUUGGUCAGCAUGGGCGCUUCCAUUGAUAUCAUUAAUGCUAUCCAAGUUUGCUUUGAUUAUCCCAUUGAGUACCACUCAGGCAAUACGCUUCCAGCUUCUGCAAGCUCCACCUUCAAUCAUAAAUUUCGCUGGUGAUUUGAAAUACGUGGUGGAACAUGACAUGUCCAAGAGGAAUAUAGCAAGCACUGAAGAUUUGAAGGAGCAGCUCUCUGAUAGGCAUGUAUGGAUGGCUGCAUCAGUUCAUAGAGGUGAAGAACAAGUAAUCUUAGCAGUUCACAGAUUGUUAGUGCGAAGGUAUCCCGACUUGGUGACUAUUAUUGUCCCUCGCCACCUACAGCUUGCCCACCAUAUUGUUGAAGAAUUGCAGAAAGAAGGACUUCAUGUAGCCUUGAGGUCUCGAAAGCAAAAGAUCACUGCUAGAGGACUCGUGUACGUGGUCGACACUUUAGGUGAAUUGAGGCAUCUAUAUAGCCUAACUCCAAUAGCUUUAGUUGGAGGUUCCUUCUGUCCUGGUUUCGCUGGCCACAACAUAUCCGAAGCUGCCGCAGCUGGCUGUGCUGUUUUAACUGGUUUUCAUGUCGGACACUUCUCACACAUGAUAAAUGAAAUGCAACGACUGGAUCCUCUUUCAGUUGUGCAGGUGUCUGGAAAGGAAGAACUUCAAGAAGCGCUCUUCCAGCUCUUCAGUGACAGAAAGAUGCUCAAAGCACGACGCAUGGCUUCAAAACAAACGUUUCAUACCCUUUCGAGUGGAAUUCUUGCCAAAGUUUGGAACCUCUUGGAUACCCAUGUCCUUGACAGGAUCUCCAUUAUUGAAGGAAAAAAAAAAAAAUGAUAGGCGGCAUUCAUCAUAAUUGCAUGCCGCAAUAGCUGCUUGUCCGUCGUCGUCAGCAGUCUGCGUCGUUAAGGAUCGCCGGCAGGCGUGUGAUUUCUUGAUCGCCUGAGUUUCCUCCGCCUUCCUCUCUUCCCCGCUCGUAUUCCAUCUCACACCUUGCAAAAACACAACACGCGGCGCGCCGGCCGGAGCUGACAGAGAACUGCUCCGCCUCCGUACGGGGAAACGGUCUUCAUCAAGUAGAGCGAACGAACUUGAAGGAUAAUUCAUAUUGGGCGAUUGGUGGUGUAGGGUUCAGAAGUUUGGAGAGGAGGAUUAUGGGAGCAGCUGGAAGGUUAAAGAGGAAUGUUGUUGUUGUUGAAGGAUUCGAUAGACUGAGGCAUGUUCUGGGACCAGUCUGCAUCACAUUAUCUCCUUCCUCGACCCUGUACCCAUCGCUGAAACCAGUAUCCUCUUCAGGAGGUGGACAUGCUUGUGGCAAGAUCGAUGUACCAGUCCUUCGUUUAAAGAGGCAUCGCUCCAAAUUGGGUUUCAAAUUAGGAACAUUGUAAGCCAGCUUCUGUCUCUUGGAUCCUGCCAUGUCCUUGUUGGAGCAAUUGACUUUCGACUAGUCUUGGGGAUUAUUUCCUGGGUUACAAAGAAAUCAAAGUGUUUGAUAGAGUGAUCCGAUAUAUGCUGCUGCUUCCUAAUACCAUGGUAAUGAAGGUGGUCUUCUGCACUAUGUUUCGAUUAGCCCUCAGCCUAGUGGAGCUAGAGUCUGACGAGUAUACUAACAUAGCGGCUGCUUCGGUUUGACAACGCUGAUAUUUCGCAGAGGAGAGGCUAAUCGUACAUGCUUAAACUUGUCGAGUGGUUUGCAACAGUUGAAUUUCUCACCCUUCCCUUUGAAAACUCGCUCCAGGAGGAAAAUUGGCACCUUUUUUACUGGAAUCAUGAAGGAGAGGCCUCCAAUCCGUCUGAAAUCUGGACCCCUGGAUUUCUCUGGUGUCUGGUGCGAGAACUGGAUAUCUCGUCCCCAACCGUAAGCGAGUGGAUUAUAUCUCGAAAAGAAGGCUCAUCGCAAGGUAUGGCCAACAGUCCGUCGUUAUUCCAGCCAUUCUCCUCGUACGCUUGGUCCAGCAGCUGCCUGAGAACUGGAUGGUUCAAAUGAUCUGCUCUUAUGACGAUCCUCUUCCCAGCUUUCCCUACCAUCACUGGCAAAUGACCAGGAGGCACAUCCCGUGGAAGCUUAUGCUUCUGGCACACGUCGGAUAGGUUUGGUGGGCUACGGGACCUUCCCUAUUAGCUAUAGGUGCGGCUAGCUAGCGUGAAAUAGAAACUGUUCCAAUCGCCAUUAAGACAGAAGAGAGCGGUUGUAACCAGCCCAACCUAGGUUGGCCAAUGGCCAGGCCGAUUCGAUUCUGGAUCGGGUCAUGCCCACCCUGCUCAAUCAAGCUUGGAGCUGAAGCAGUAGUUUGGUGCUAGCUUCUUCUCCCUAGGGGACGAAACGGUGCCCUCGAACCCAACCACGAUUCCGCAAUGGAACAGCCCUCCCGUCGUGGAAAGCCAAACUUCGCAGCGGCCGGUGCACAGAGGAUUGGGCACCGCCGCGAUGGCGGCGAUAAUCAUCGCCAUCUGCGUCACAUUCCUUGUAGCGGCGUCGUUCCUGGUCGCCUACUGCUGUGGCCGCGGCAGUGGCGGCGGAGUAGGAGACGGGGGAUCAUCAAAGGUGGGGAGCGAGAUCGAGAGCGGUGGCGGCGUGAAAAGGAGGAGCAGUUACGGCGGAACGGAGAGCGAUGGCACGGAGAGGAGCAAGCUGGUGUUCUAUGACGGCGGGAAGGAUCAGCCCAUGCCGUUCGAAUUGGAGGAUUUGCUCAAGGCGUCGGCGGAGAUGCUGGGGAAGGGGAGUUUGGGGACGGUGUACAAGGCAGUGCUGGACGGCGGGUGGACGGUGGCCGUGAAGCGGCUGAAGGACGCGAAUCCUUGUGGGAGAAGGGAGUUCGAGCAGUACAUGGAAGUGAUCGGAAAGCUGAAGCAUCCCAAUAUCGUCAGGUUCAGAGCUUAUUACUAUGCUAAGGAAGAGAAGCUUCUGGUGUACGAUUUCAUGCCCAAUGGCAGCCUCCACUGGCUUCUCCAUGGAAACAGAGGACCAGGCCGAAUCCCACUGGAUUGGACCACGAGGAUCAGCUUAGUACUCGGAUCCGCCCGCGGGCUAGCCAAGAUCCACGAGGAAUACCGGUCGGCUCGAAUCCCCCACGGCAACGUGAAAUCAUCCAACGUCCUCCUCGACAAAAACGGCAUCGCUUGCAUUGCCGAUUUCGGCCUCUCCCUGCUCCUCAACCCGGUCCACGCCGUCGCCAGGCUGGGCGGGUACCGAGCUCCCGAGCAGGUGGAGACCAAACGCCUGUCCCAGAAGUCCGACGUGUACAGCUUCGGCGUCCUCCUCCUCGAAGUCCUCACCGGGAGAAACCCCGACGAACUCGUGACGGACGGGGUGGCCGCGGGGGCAGGGGAUCUGCCGAGGUGGGUGAGGUCGGUGGUGAAGGAGGAGUGGACGGCGGAGGUGUUCGAUCAGGAGCUGCUGAGGUACAAGAACAUCGAGGAGGAGCUGGUGUCGAUGCUCCACGUGGCGCUCGCCUGUGUGGCCCCGGCGCCGGAGAAGAGGCCCGAGAUGGUGGAGGUGGCGAGGAUGAUUGAGGAGAUUCGGGUGGAGCAGUCGCCGUUGGGGGAGGAUUGCGACGAGUCGAGGAACUCGCUCUCGCCGUCGCUUGCUACUACUGAGGAUUGAAUUAGACGGAGUCUGAUCUCAUUUAUUUCUCGAGGAGAAUAACUUUGUUUACUGUCGUAAUAGUGGUGGCUUAAGUGUAGUAAGUUAUUUGUUAAGUUCAUUAAUUACUUGUUUCUGUUGGAUGUCCAGGCCCAACAAAGUGUGUAGUUUGGUAGCUAGUUGUCUAGUUUGCUACAUAUUUUGUUUAAGCCUUCGUUCCUGUGAAGUGUACUUGUGUCGUUUGAGUCGUAAGAUGUGGUCGUUUGUUGUUAUUCUUCACCAAUUAGGCCUUCUAUAGGUGUGAACUGCCUUCUAUGAACUUAUAGGGCCUGAAGUUAGCCUUUGAUGGCUAUAUCCUUCUUGGGGUCAUGCACCUAGGUUGCCAUUGUCAGACACAUGGCACAGUGCUUAAUUUUUGGUGCGUUUAAGAGAUUGUAGCGGUGCUUUCUCGUUGUAAAUUGAACGUACAAGCUGCUACAAUUAAAAAGGACAAUUGUAUGAAAGGUUCAC